CCGAACAAGUUGUUUACUAACUUCAGAGCCUCGUGCUGCAGACGUUGUUGAUCGUUGCUGUUAUUUUGCUUGCAACUUGUUGCAGGGAAGGUUCGUGCAAGUGUGCAGGUGCACCUAAGAAGGAGAGAAGACACUUUAAACUGUUGCAGCUGCAAGAGCAACUUUGAAAAACACACCAUGGGAAAGAAAAGAAAGUUCGAGGAUGGUGAAGAAGAUAAAACGUCGUCUCACCGGCAGCUGACGCCGGCCCACAUGAGGAAUCAAGAGAAGCGGCUCAUAGUGAUUUUAGAGAGAGCGAACCUGGAGAGUGUGAAGUGUAGGAAAAGUUACGAGCUCCUCAACUGUGAUGACCACAUGGGACUGAUGAAGAAGUACAAUAAGGAUCCCGCAAACUACCGCCCAGAUAUUCUCCAUCAGUGCCUUCUAAUGUUGCAGGAUUCUCCACUUAAUCAGUCUGGCAAACUUCAGGUAUAUAUUCACACAGAAAAGAAUGUCCUGAUUGAGGUCAAUCCACAGUGUAGAAUACCACGAACAUUCAAGAGGUUUGCUGGUCUUAUGGUUCAACUCCUCCAUAAGAUGAGCGUUCGAGCCUCUGACGGAAACAUGAAGCUCUUAAAAGCGAUACGUAAUCCAGUCACAGACCAUCUCCCUCCUGGAUGCAAGAAAAUUGGCACAUCGUUCACGGCUAAAAAUCUUGUAAAUCCUCGGGAGCUCGUUCCUGCUGACGAGCCAAUCGUCGUCGUUAUUGGUGCCAUGGCACAUGGGAAGGUGGAGGCAGACUACGUGGAAGAAGAAGUUGCCUUCUCCAGGUACCAUCUUUCUGCAGCCUUAACCUGUGCCAAAGUUUGUUCAGGGUUUGAGGAAGUGUGGAACAUCAAGUAGAAGAACUCUUGUGUGUUAUGCAGAUUUAGAAAUGUAAAACAGUUUUUCUCUCCUGUUUGCUACUUUCUAGAAAUGUUCAUGAAUUUCAUGUCACAGUGUGAUAAAUUAGUAAUGUUUUUAUUUAUUAAGGGUGAGCUCUGUGUGUGUGUGUGUGUGUGUGUGUGUGUGUGUGUGUGUGUGUGUGUGUGUGUGUACUCACCUAUUUGUGGUUGCAGGGAUCGAGUCACAGCUCCUGGCCCCGCCUCUUCGCUGAUUGCUACUAGGUCCUCUCUCUCCCUGCCCCAUGAGCUCUAUCAUACCUCGCGUUAAAACUAUGUAUGGUUCCUGCCUCCACCACAUCACUUUCUAGGCUAUUCUAUGGCCUGACUACUCUAUGACUGAAGAAAUACUUCCUAACAUCCCUUCGAUUCAUCUGAGUCUUCAACUUCCAAUUGUGACCUCUUGUGUCUGUGUCCCAUCUCUGGAACAUCCCGUCUUUGUCCACCUCGUCUAUUCCGCGCAGUAUUUUAUAUGUCGUUAUCAUGUCUCCCCUGACCCUCCUGGCCUCCAGUGUCGUCAGGCCGAUUUCCCUCAACCUUUCUUCAUAGGACAAUCCCCGUAGCUCUGGGACUAGUCUUGUUGCAAACCUUUGCACUUUCUCUAAUUUCUUGACGUGCUUGACUAGGUGUGGAUUCCAAACUGGUGCUGCAUACUCCAGUAUGGGCCUGACGUAGAUGGUAUACAGAGUCUUAAACGAAUCCUUACUGAGGUAUCGGAACGCUAUCCGUAGGUUUGCCAGGCGCCCGUAUGCUGCAGCAGUUAUCUGAUUGAUGUGCGCCUCAGGAGAUAUGCUCGGUGUUAUACUCACCCCCAGAUCUUUUUCCUUGAGUGAGGUUUGCAGUCUUUGGCCAUCUAAACUAUAUUGUGUCUGCGGUCUUCUUUACCCUUCCCCAAUCUUCAUGACUUUGGAUUUGGCAGGGUUAAAUUCAAGGAGCCAGUUGCUGGACCAGGCUUGUAGCCUGUCCAGGUCCCUUUGUAGUCCUGCCUGAUCCUCGUCCGAUUUGAUUCUUCUCAUUAACUUCACAUCAUCUGCAAACAAGGACACUUCUGAGUCUAUCCCUUCCGUUAUGUCGUUCACGUAUACCAAGAACAGCACAGGUCCUAGGACUGACCCCUGUGGAACCCCGCUUGUCACAGGCGCCCACUCUGACACCUCGUCGCGUACCAUGACUCGUUGUUGCCUCCCUGUCAGAUAUUCUCUGAUCCAUUGCAGUGCCUUUCCUGUUAUGUGUGCCUGGUCCUCUAGCUUUUGCAGUAACCUCUUGUGAGGAACUGUGUCGAAGGCCUUCUUGCAGUCCAAAAAUACGCAGUCGAUCCACCCCUCUCUCUCUUGUCUUACUUCUGUCACCUUGUCAUAAAACUAGUAGGUUUGUGACACAGGAUUUUCCUUCCCUGAAACCGUGCUGGUUGUCAAUUAUACACUUGUUUCUUUCCAGGUGUCCCACCACUCUCCUCCUGAUGACCUUCUCCAUGACCUUGCAUACUAUACACGUUAGUGAUACAGGUCUGUAGUUUAGUGCCUCAUGUCUGUGUGUGUGUGUGUGUGUGUGUGUGUGUGUGUAUGUGUGUGUGUGUGUGUGUGUGUGUGUGUGUGUGUGUGUGUGUGUGUGUGUGUGUGUGUGUGUGUGUCUGUGUCUGUCUGUCUGUCUGUCUGUCUGUCUGUCUGUCUGUCUGUUUCUGUGUGUCUCUGUGUCUGCCUGCCUGUCUGUCUAGAGUUACGAAGUACCUAUGAUAGCCUGUAAAUCACCAUCACUAACACCUACUCUACUUGGCUGCUAAACAGAAAAAAUGGAGAAAAUAUUUUCACAUUUUAUGGUUUCUGAGACAAUUUUUUUUGUCAUUAAAAUUUAAUUUGAUGAUUUGUGUACAAUAAUAAAUGUAGUCUUUGUUUAACGUAUUUAUAUUUAUAAACCAUGAAAUGCUCUAGAAGAAUUGUGCAGUGCAUAAAGGAGGUGAAUUUUAGUGUUGGGUGGAAACAAACAAGUAUUGAGGAUGCUGAAUAGAGUGAUAUGGUGAGCAAGGUCUUUUAUUUCAAAGAGCCAAAUUUGAUUGUAGCCUGAUAGCUCAACUGGAAGGUGGGGUAGGGGUCGUCCUAGGAAAGGUUGGAGGAAGGGGAUAAAUGAGGUUUUGUGUGUGAGGGGGCUAGGACUUUCAGUAUGUGUGUGUGUAAGAAAUGAGUGAGUGGUGCUGAAUGGUUUUUAUGACAAUGUGCUUUUGAGUGUGAGCAAAGUAACAUUUAUGGAGGGAUUCGGGAAACUGGUUAGCAGGACUUGAGUCCUGGAGGUGGGAAGUACAGUGCCUGAACUCUGAAGGAUGGGUGUUGAUAUGUUGCAGUUUAUUUUAACUAGUAUAGGCAUGCCUCUGGUUAGACAGUGAUGGAGUGAAUGCUGAUAAAAGUGUUUCUUCUUUGUUGGGUCACCCUGCCUUGGUGGGAAAUGGGUGAUUUGUUAAUAAAAAAGUAUAAUAAAAUCCUCAUUGACCUACUGAAGCCUACCAGCUCAGGUUGAUGUAUCUGGACAUUUUGUAACCAGUCCUGUGUGAUGGAGUAUGACAGUGAAACAGCUAUAUAUUCUAUACAUGCAUGUGUAACAUCUCAAUAAAAAUAUAAAUUGUUGCUAG